AUGUCAUCGUCAAAUAAUCCUUCAAUUCCAUUGAUAGCAAUUACGCGUAAUCGACCAACAAACUCGAAUAUUGUUCGAACUCAACGUACUACAGAAAGGUCCAUUGGUUGUAAUACAGAUGCAUCACCAACGGACCCGAGUCGAAAAACGGAAAUUGACGAAGAAGAUGAACUAACUGAUAUUAUCGAACGGUUAAUUCAUGACUUUCUAGCUCGACCUAGUCGACGACAACCUUACAAGAGUUACUUCAGUUGGACUAUCAAACCAGAGAAUAUGCCAAUGUAUCGUGUAGUAUUGACCAUUGCCCAAGAUCCUUCGAUUACCACCUUGGUUUAA